CCGGGAAGCAUGAGCCGGAGAUGGACCGGCCUACUGAUGACCGUGGCGGUACUGCUCGUUGCACUGUUCGUGACGGUAACAGUCGCCCGGCGGCAUCACUUGGAAGUUCGGGAUGAUUUUCGACGGUACAUUUUGCUCAGCACGUUCGGAUUUUAUGCUGGAGGUGUGCUGGAUGUACGGGUGUCACACUUUCGCGUCGAUCCUGGCACAGAAGAGAAUAUGUUUGGUCUUUCGCUCGAUAAAACAAUGUCCGACUCGAUGAAUCCCUAUCUAGAUUCGCAUCAGGACAAGUGCAUCCUUACCGAGCCAAUUGCGGUACAAAGCAAUGGACCGAUUGUGUUCUUCAAGAUGGAUCUCAAACAGAAUGUAGUGCACGUUAGUUGCUCGAAAGACUGGCAGAAUAUUCACCUGUACAAAGAUCGCAGUGGUGUGCCGGCGCUGCGCUCCAAGCGACAGUCGUUUGCACGAGCGAGCGAUUCCAAGAUGGUGUACAUGCAGCGCCGUCGUCGAUCCGCGUUUCACGUACCGGAGUCGAACGACUAUGCACCAGCAGCAGUGGCAGUAGGCGGGGGGGAUGCGGCAACUGUCUGCAGCAAGCUUACACUGCCGCUGGAAGUGAAAGCAGACGAUAUGUUCAAAUACUACAGCUUUAAUUUUGCCAUAUACGUUGCUACCAAGCAGGAGGAAGGACUGUACAACCUGUACUUCCACAGCUGCCCAAACUACUCACCAAGCAGUCUGUACGAGCUAAACUUUAACGUCGACAUUGAGGAGAAAAACAGUGGCAACUAUCUGUCGGCCGGCGAGAUGCCACUGCCAGCACUCUACUUCAUGAUGUCGGUACUGUUUUUCCUUUCCGGGCUGUUUUGGGUGUUUAUACUGCGCAAAAGUAAGCACCCACUGUUCAAGAUACACUACCUAAUGGGUGUGCUGGUGUUCCUCAAGUCGCUGUCGCUGAUGUUCCACGCGAUCAACUACCAUUUCAUUGAGGUGCAGGGUGAACAUGUUGAAGCUUGGGCUAUUCUGUACUACAUCACGCAUCUCCUCAAAGGAGCGGUGUUGAUCAUCACGAUAGUUCUCAUCGGUACCGGAUGGACGUUCAUCAAGCACAUACUGGCGGACAAGGAUAAGAAACUGUUUAUGAUCGUCAUACCGCUACAGGUGCUUGCCAACGUGGCGGAGAUUAUUAUCGCGGAGAGUGAUGAAGGCGAUAAAGAGUACAGCACCUGGCGGGACAUAUUCAUGCUAGUGGAUUUGUUGUGCUGCGGUGCAAUUCUGUUCCCGGUCGUGUGGUCCAUCCGGCAUCUGCAGGAAGCUGCAGGUACGGAUGGUAAGGCGGCGAUCAAUUUGCGCAAGCUGAAACUGUUCCGCCAGUUUUACAUCAUGAUCGUGUGCUACAUUUACUUCACGCGCAUCAUUGUAAUCCUGCUGAAGAUUACGGUCGCGUUCCAGUACGCCUGGCUGGAUGAAAUGUUCAAGGAGAUGGCCACUUACGUGUUCUUCGUGCUGACCGGUUACAAAUUCCGACCGGUUUCGCAGCAUCCAUACUUUUCCGUGCAUGGUGACGAUCUUGACGACGAUGACGAUGAUGGGGAGGUAGAAAUUCUGACACAGUCCGGCUUGACUGAUGGCAUCAGCAAGAUCACCAACCGAUCCCAACCCUCGUCAAAUGCUGCGUCCGGCGCAACGCUGGUAGAAUCGCACGAGGAGGAGCGAGAGAAUUUAAUUAGCAAGCGAGAAUCGUCCCACGAGUAUGAUUAAGCUUCUCUUUCGGUACAGGAAUCAAGAGAGAGGGA